GUCUUCGCUUCACUUCUUGAUUAUCUUCUUCUCAAAGGUCACGAAGUCGUUCAGCGAGUCCUUACAGACGCAGCGGAGGCGGCGCUCCACUCAGAGAUGGCGGCGGCGGACGACCCCGAACUCCCCCGAGUCGGUCCCCUUCAGCCGAUUCCAACUCACGUUAAUCUCCAUUUCCACGCAUUCCUUGUCUCCAAAUAUUCGACAAAACACGACAUAAAACUUGAAUGAAUUGUUUAAAAAGAGCUAUUUUUGAAACAAUGUCUCAAAUGUAGUAAUUCUUAAUUUUAUUAACAUUUUUAGACACUUUGUAUUAAUUAUUUAUCAAUAGAAUUACACACAAAAAUACACACAAUUUUAAGAGCUAAUAGACUUUAUAAUCCUAAUCUAAUGCUUAUAUAUAUACUGUAUAUUGUGGUUCUGCUUAUAUUUCCAAAU